AUGGCUCUUGGCCGCCCAGAAACUCGUUCACGGUCCCCUACUCUGCGAGCCUCACGCGACAAUGACUAUGACCCAGAGAAAUUGCCAGAGUCCAUGCAGGCAGACCAAGAUGUGGUCCGAGCCAAGGAGAAGAGAAGAUCCAAGGGAUGGCAAGACCAGGACCAAGAUGAUCCAUUUGGCGACGAAGCUGAUGGGGACGUGAAGUACCGCACAUUGAGCUGGUGGCAGUGCGCUGUCAUUGUGAUCGCGGAAACGAUUUCACUAGGUGUGUUAUCGCUGCCGAGUGUUCUAGCUGAGAUCGGUAUGAUUGGAGGCGCCAUUCUGAUUGUCGGAUUGGGUGUCGUUGCAACAUACACUGGCUAUGUUUUGGGAGGACAUCUUGCCUUCUUCAGCUUUAUCUCCGAGAUGCGAGAGCCGAAGGACUUUACCAGAGCGCUCAUAGUGCUUCAAGUGAGCGAUACGACCGUCUACCUCAUCGUGGCCAUGGUAUGCUACGCCUACGCCGGAAACGAAGUCCUCUCUCCAGCGUUAGGCAGUCCUGGAGGUGUUCUAGCAAAGAUCGGCUGGGGUGUCGCGAUCCCUACCAUCGUUGUCGCAGGCGUGAUCUAUGCACACGUAGGUUCAAAGUAUGUCUACGUGAGAAUCUUCCGAGGAACUCGCCACAUGAGCAAAAACACGUGGCUCUCUAUCGGAACUUGGAUGGGUAUCACUCUUACAUUUUGGGUUAUCGCAUGGGUCAUUGCCGAAAGCAUACCAAAUUUCAACAACUUGCUAGCUCUCAUCUCUAGCUUAUUUGCAAGUUGGUUCACUUACGGGUUGAGCGGCAUCUUCUGGCUGUUCCUCAACUUUGGAGGAUACACGAAGAACUGGAAAAAGAUGGCACUGACAUUUGUUAAUAUCACUCUUGUGUGUAUAGGCGCCUUCAUCUGUAUUGCUGGGCUGUAUGCUAGCGGCACUGCAAUUUCGGGAGGGAGUGGAAGUGAGAGUGGAGGUAGUUGGACAUGCGCAAGCAAUGGGCAGUAG